UUGGAAUCAAACAUAGUGUGAUACUAAAGAAGUAUCUUGUAGAUAACCUACAGUCAUGACAAAUGCACCUAAUAAUUUUAAUCGACUGUGUUUCAUCGUUCGAAGUGUACACAGCUAAAUACACUAAGUCAGAUUCGUCCUUCGCGGGCCUUUGCAGACAGUAUCGAGGCACUCCGCAACAGCUAAAAUAGUCAUACGUUUUAUGCAAUAAAUUAUACAGUAUAAUGAUAUAAAUAAUGCUUAUGCCGUGCAUGUUGGUCCUUAUGUCAUGACGAAGUAACAUCAAAGAUUUAUAAGACUUUAACCCAUGGAGAGUUCGUAUGGGUGGGCCUGACACGGUCACGUGAUCAGUUGAUUUUAUCGCGACGCUGUCUUCCGAGGGGAAUCCCCUUUUCAAGUUUCCGAUUGUGUUUUUCGUGUUGUCAGAAAUAACAUAACUUGCACACAAGUCGCGUAGUGACUAUUAUCACCUGAACAAACACCAAGCAUAUAAUAUUGCUUGACACGUACGACGAGAGAAAGAAAGUUGGUAUUCCCAGUGAUGCUAAAAUUAGAAAUGUAAUUUCCUGGAAAUUGCCGUGUGCUUCACAAAGCGAAUAUAUUUUGUGUGGGAUAUAUUCAUUCUACCAAAGGACUGUAUACCCAAGGGAUAAUACUAUCUAUCAGGAUUUACACUUGAGACAGUACUCAACUGGAAUAAUAAUUCAGCUGUCUGUACCUAGGAGAUAUGAACAGCCAACAGCGUGUUCCACUUUACUGUGACAUCUGUAAGAAGCAAUUUACUGGUGCUUUACCAGCUCAACAACAUUUUAUCAGUGAAGCUCACUUGAGAAAGGAAGACCAGAUUAAAAAUUCUGUGUUUAAUGGAAACACAAGGACAUACUGGUGUGACCCAUGCAGUGUCCAGUGUAAUGCAGCUGAACAGUUUCAACAACACAUUGUCAGCCCAAGACACGUUGAGACUGUAAGGAGAAGUUUAGGUUUCACAUACCAAGCUGCAACAGCAGUUCAAAGCCCUCUCCUUCCUGGGAACAUACAACAAGCAGGUAACGAUCUCCCACAAGGGCUCAACCAGACAUUGCCUUUCAACCUGUCCAAUGAAACAGGGAGAAAGGAAUAUGACUUUAAUGGUUCUAAAGGCUACUGCCAUCUCUGUGACAUUGACUUGACAUCUCUACAACAUGCUCGGCAACAUCUCAGUGGAUCCAAACAUCAGAAGAAACUGAAACAGAUGGAAGCGGGAGAGGAUACCAGCGAUGUAUUGAAGUGUCAGAUUUGCAAUGUACCAUUUUCUAGUAUUGGCAAUGCUCAGGAACAUCUUGCAAGUGCCAAGCACUUAAAGAAGAAGAGAGAAUUAGAGGGACAGGGAAAUGUCUCCAACAAUAGUUCUCCCCAGUAUGGCUUGACAAACAUGUCACAGCCUAAUAGUGGCACUACAAGAUUAGACGUGCCCUCUUCAGACCAAGUUACUGGACUGUUUGCUGAUGUUCCAGUCUACAGGAACAGUAGUUCCAUGCCUGAAACUAGACCACGUCAAAACAUGCCACCAUUAUUGACACCUAGUUCUACUCCAGUUGGAAACAUUUCUGUAUCUGAUACAAAGAACAAUACUACUGGUGAUGGUAAUGACCAGCUUAAUGGAGACAAAGUCCCUUAUACUUUUGAUGGAAAGCAGGGUUACUGCAAUGUCUGUAAUGUGGAUUUUACAUCUCCACAAAAUGCCCAGCAACAUCUUGAUGGAUCGCGACAUAAGAAAGCAGAGAACCUAUGGAAAUCAGGACAACCUUCCACUGAGGUGCUGAAAUGUGACUUGUGUAAUGUUGUAUUCUCUGGCCCUGAGAGUGCCCAUCAGCACUUUGAGAGUGAUCGACACAAGAAGAGGUCACAGCUGCCCACAACGAAUUUCACUCUUCAAGAGCAGGAGAAACCACAGCUUUCCCAGAAAAUGACCUUGGUAAAUAGCCCCCCUGCAACUCCAGGUGUUACCACUCAGACUUCCCUGCCAAUGAAUAUCCUGUCAGAACCGAAAGGGAGUCAGUUUCAAAAAGCUCAAAGUUUAGCACAAAUUAUGCUUCCAAAUGCAAACAAACUCACAGAUUCAGCUGGACCAACAAGCAAUUUGCCGCAGACUGCAGGUUAUCAAACUGAACAUAAUCUGUGCUUAUCCGUUCAUGGAGGAACUUUGUCAGAUGUUCCAAUUCUCGGUAGCUAUACACAUCUACACAACCUUAACAUUCCCAGCCAGCAUGUCCUCAACACUAAUGACAGUCAGUAUUCCUCAAGUGUCUCACAGAAUGCACAAAUGCAAAGAACUCCUUUAAUUCAAGAAGACAGAACAGAAGAACAGGAAUAUACUUUUCAUGGAAGCACUGGACGAUGUAACAUCUGCCAAAUUGAAUUAACAUCUCGUGAACAUGCGAACCAACACCUCAGUGGUAAGAAGCAUGCAAAAGCAAAAGGAUUACAUUCAGCAGAUACUGGUAAUGUUUUUGUCAACAAUGGCCCAGAUGUCAGUGAGAGAACAGCUGGUGCCAAACUGUCCACCUGUCCUAGUCAGCCAUAUCGGUUUGAUGGGAACAGAGGAUGGUGUAAUGUCUGCAGCAUUGAGCUAACAUCCUCCCAGCAUGCACGGCAGCAUCUCAGUGGCAAGAACCACACUAAAGCUUUAGGACGAUGGCAAGUGUCAAACAUCAAGGAGGAAUCAAAAGAGUCAGCAGAACAGAGGAUAUAUGAGUUCAAUGGAAUGAGAGGCUUCUGUAAUGUAUGCAAGAUAGAACUUACCUCUCAGGCACAUGCCAGUCAACACUUGGCAGGGAAACCACAUGAAAAGGCUGUACAGAGAUUGAACUUGGUUGAUGCAGUUGAUGCACAUUCUGGAGCAUCAGCCCAGCCUGGAGAUGGGGAGGUGGAGCCAGCAUAUGUGUUUACAGGUGGAAGGGGGCGAUGCUUUGUUUGUAACAUAGAACUCACAUCUUCACAGCAUGCUUCCCAGCACCUUCAGGGUCGGAAUCACGCAAGGGCUGAGGAAAAGAGGAAGAUGGUCAACCAGAAUGGAAUGUUGGCACUAGAGUGUAAGGUGUGUCUCAAGUCAUUCAGUGGACAAGAAAGUGCUGCGCAGCAUUAUGCUUCUGCCAAACAUAAAAACAAGGCAGGGUUGGCCAGCAGUUCCUUGGACCAGGUCAGGACAGAAGUUCUGGGGCGAGAUUCACCAGGCAAUCAGAACUUGGCAGGCCUGUCCCCACUAAACAUGUAUGUGUGUGAGGUAUGCCAGUGCCAACUGAACUCUUUCGAACAGUUGUCAAUCCAUAAGAAAAGUCCCAAGCAUCUUAAGACUGUGGAAAAGAUGCAGCGUUAUGUCGAUGUGGCUGAAUCUGCUAAUACUGACAACAGUAGCCAAGAUUGUAAGGUUGAAGAUAGUCCAAGGGACAUGACAGAACCCAAGCAUGGUGGUUACAAGGAUGUAUGGGAAGCUCUUCGUACAGGAGAAGUCACUAAAGUCAAAUGCGUAACUCCAAAUACUGAAGUGAAGGAAACAGCCACUUCAAGUUUCAAGCCUGUUCCUAUCACUCCAGCAUCAAAUAUGUGUUCAGAUACUUUAGGAAACAGGGACCAUCUUGAAUCUGAUGGUUUACAGUCCGGCAGAAAGAGUGGAACUGACACAGUGAGGAUGUCAUCAACUACAAACAGUGCCAGCAAUAUGCUUAGCAUGGGACGAGAACAAAGUCCAGGAAUGUCUGCUGCAGCAAAGGAAGAGGUUUCCAAGGAUUACAGAAGUAACACAGAAAUAAUUCCUUCAACAUAUGUUGUUUCCAAAAGCACUACAUUGGCUAAACUUGGCAUGGGCAGAGGUUCCCCACUUGUCAACCCUGCCAUUACCACAACAGAUGUGAUGCCUUUGAGGAUGAAAACAGCAGCGAUCACUCAGCCAAAACAUACUGCUGCUGGAGACACUGAUGACUUCCAAGAUAACGUCAAGGGAUCAGUUGGAAGUAGGCGGACCAAUACCUACAACCCUCUAAAAAACCAGACCACUGUUCGACACAGGGGAAAUAAAGUUACCCUGGAGGCAUUUGAGAACCUGGAUUCAGAAGAAGAUGAAUCUGAUCGAAGCAAGACAUUAGAUGUUGACAUUCCUGGUGGUGAGGCUGAAAGUUUCAUCAGUUACAACUCACAUGCUAGCAGUGUUCUCAAUGAUGGACCACAUGCUUCUGUGGGCUCCACUACGACUGAUCACAAUCAUUCAGCUGCUCCUAAACAAGAAAGAAACAUGUCUCUACAAACAGAUGCAGAGUCAAGUAUCUUUCCAUCCUCUAAUUUUGAACUGCUGAGUGGCCAUCUUGGUAUAGGUGCAAUACCAAAGGUGCCACCGAAGAACCCUUUCAGUGGCUAUUUCAAAUAUUACUGUGACACAUGUAAUCGGCCGAUGAACACAGAAAAAGACUACCAAGCUCACCUAGAGAGUAGAGCUCAUAGGCAGAGGGCAGCAGAGGUGACUGCUCCCCAGCUCAACCUGGGACAGAUAAAGCGGGUACUCGGUAUAGACGAUGCGGAGGCAGAGGCCUAUCAAUUGACUAAGACCAUACCUCGAAGCUACCAGGUGGAUCUGUUUUGCAAAACUAUGGACAGUGACAGGGUCAUCUUCUUGCCAACAGGUACUGGGAAGACGCUGGUGUCGGUGAUGACGCUAAGUUGUAUGCUGAAUCAGAACCCUCUGCGCCCAGUCUUGUUCCUGGUGGACAAGGUGUUGUUGGUGCUGCAGCAGUCAAAGUACAUCUUCAAUGAGCUUGGGGAUCGGAUGUACAAGCGCCUGACAGUUGAUGGAGAGGUGCAGGAACGCCAGCUGAAGAUAGCCACGCUGUGUGGGAACAUACUGCCUACAGACAACACACCUCUCUACAAGCAUGACAUCAUCGUCAGCACAGCAGCCUAUGCUGACAAUCUACUGCAGAAGCAGCAGCUCCGCUGGGAACACUUUUCGCUGGUUGUGUUUGAUGAAGCUCAUCACUGUGUCAAGAAUCACCCCUUCAAUCGUCUCCUAGAGGGGUAUCACCGUCCAUGCCCGCCUGAACUCAGACCCAAAGUGCUCGGUCUGACUGCCUCUCCUGCGGGGCGGGAUAGUGUUGAGAACACAGUCAGCAUGCUGCAGGAGUUAUUCCACAAUCUAGGCGGAGCCAGCAUUGCCAUCGUCCAAGGAGAUUGUGUGAGAGAACUCAAACGCUAUCAAUCCCAUGCCAAACUGAAGAUCAACUAUGAGCCAUUUUCUGAUGAAGAAAAAGCUUUCCGGAAGACACUUUUGAUGUACAUUUGCCAGUGUUACUUGAAGCUGUCAGAGUUGUGCAAUAUUGAUGAUGUCUGUCAGUGGGGAGUGCAGAGGAUGCAGAGAGACUUGGCUGAGUAUGUAGAGCACCUGGACAAUGUUGCUACUGGAAAGUUUGUCCAAGCUCUUGGGAACUGCCAAGCAAAUUCAGAGGAGCCACAAGUCAAAAUGAAUAUGGAGUUUGUUGUCAAUCAUUCCUCGGUAGUUUUGAUUGCAUUGUCUGAUUUGGAUGGUUCUGGGAUACCAACAGCUGUAGCUGACCUGCAGACUCUCAACCAGAAUCAGGCACGAAGUGGCUUCCAUCAUGCUCAGGGGAUCGGUAUUGAGUGUAAAGAGCUGCAAGAUGCUAUGAAAAGAGCUGCUCACUCAGCUCAUGUUCAGCAGGAGUUUGAUGACAACCCACUUCACAUCUCACUUUACACACAGUUACUCAGUACUCUCACCAAUGAUGAAUAUAUCAACUGGAAAACUGGGAGAAAUGCAAUGGCCUUGAUUCUUGUCCGGGAGAGAGCACAUGCACACAGACUGAGCAACUUCCUGAAGCAGACAACAUUUGCAUCAGCAAACAGUCUGAAGAUCACAUCAGUGGUUGGCCAUGGGUCUGGUCCAACUGAUGGUGGGAUGAAGGUGAAACAUCAGAAACGUGUGCUUGAUGGAGUGAAGAGCAAAAAGUAUCACAUCAUUGUAGCCACAUCUGUAGCAGAGGAAGGCGUGGAUAUCCCUGAAUGUGAGCUGGUCAUCUGCAUGAACCCACCAAAUACAGUCACCACCCUGGUACAGAUGAGGGGUCGGGCCAGGAAGAAAGACAGCCACUUUGUUAUCCUGUGUAAGAGCAGUGAUGAGGAAAACAGGAUCCAGAAUAUUCUUCGGCGGGAACGGUUCAUGAUGGAAGCUGCUCAGCGUUGUGUGGAGUUGUGAUGCAGGAUUAAAUUUUGAGCUGAUGUGCUAUUUAACAUAACAUUCAUGGAAUGGGUUGACACUAAUGUUUAUAUCCACAUACUAGUAGCUCAUGGCUCAUCUUGCACAUAUGAGUAACAUUAAGUAACUGGCUUAUAUUCUUGGAAUAAUGGACGAGUAUCUGUCCCCCUGGGAUAGAUAUACUGAUCCUUCUAACAGAGGCAUUUUGUUAGAGUCAGGUCUCUGGGGUCUCUGCUUAAGUCAGAAACAGAUGUUUUCAUUGCAAUUGGUAUUUACAUGACUGGUGUUUGUCAUGAGAGCAUUUAAAGUGACUUAUUUGUUGAUGGCAUUAUUCGUUUUUGCACUUGGCACGGAAAGGUCAAGGUCACAAAAUAAAGGUUUAAUGUAUGUGAAUAUGCUUUAUCAAAACUGAGUGUAUAUUGCUUCUCUUGGAUUGGUCCCUGCAUCUAAAAUGUUCUGGUACACAGAAGGCUUUGGUCAAAGUAAGUAUUAAAUGUCCGAACAUGAAACUUUGUAUAAAUUUGCUUAGAUCUUAACAAAUUCUUCAACGUCAAGGGCUGAUAGGCAUGAGUGUCAAAGGUGAUUUUUGCAGUUGAUUUAGCCAGUAAUUUAACCAUUCAUUAGUCUUUACUGUUGCACCUUUACUUAUGCAGUUCUACAGACUUAUGCUUGCAUCAUAUCAGUCUGUGAUGAUUGCAGGGAUGAUCUGGAAGUAAUGGUUCAGGACUGGAAGUGAAGGGAGUAGAACAGGAGGUAUAGUACAAUGUGUGGGAAUAAGAGGCUGCAUCUGUCUGGGGCAUUCAUGUUGAUGGUGUGUAGUCCUGUGCAUAGAGCUCAGGUCACAAAUCAGUUGAAGUUAAGUAUCGUUGAGUGUGGAGAGUCCUUGAAUGGAUGACCGUUUUGGGCAGCUUGACUCGUGACUCCAGUCCUGCCCCUCAACGAAGCACAUGUGAUACAUGUGGUCUCACCUUAGGCACGUGAGUUUGUCCAAACUUGCCUCUGUUCACCCAGCAGAAAAUGGGUACCCGGUGAGAUAAGUCAUGUGAACAGUAACCUCACUGGCAGCUUAAUGGUUAAUAAUAAUCAGUUAGUGAUUACAGUGUCCAGUUAGCAACUAGUCAGAUAGAUACUAGGUGCCAUAUAAAUGAAUUAUUAUUUGUAUUAUUUUGUUGAACACUUAUAUAUAACCCAUAUUUAUCGUACAUUUGUUUUUGUAUCAGUGUGUUGGAUAUGCCAAGUGUUGUCAUCACAGGACCGCUAACUAGAUUAGCAUGACAACUGAGUGCUUCAUACAAUCUGUCAGCAGCUUGUCUGGUGAAGAUUUACAUCAGAUGCAAGGUCAUGGCUGUGAUGUGUGAUUUUGUCAUGUAUAUUAUUCUGAAGAAUAAUGACAAUUAUUCUUCAUCAACUCAACUUCUAAAAUGCCCAUCAAAGAAGUAUAUGAUUCUGUUUGAAUAACUACUGCAGUGGGUUUUAUGUUCCCAACCAAAUGUUACUUUUCUUGUUUGUUAUCUCUGUAUAUUAUGUUAUUGUGUUAUGAAUAUAUAUUUGUUUGCUUUUGGUCUGGAAAAAAUGUAUGAAAUCUACAAUCAGCAGUUUGGUAAAUUAUCUUUGUUUGAAGUUGCUUCUCCUGUUAUAAAGUGAUUUUGGAAA